UGCUGUAGCACCGCAACCCAGCUGACAGUUACCUUGGCGGCUGUUGCCACUGUUGGCACUGACCAGAUUUAACCAGCUAUUAUGCAAGAUCCCCACCAUAACUGUCCACCUCAGGGAACCCCCUGGGUGGCUGCUCUAAAUUCAUCCGGUGACAAUGGGGGUAACUGUCGGGGCUAGGAGCUCCCAGCCCCCCCAACCCCAAACAGACCAGCACUGUCUCUCUGUCUUCACAGGGAUGCCCAAUGCCAGCCUUGCCAGCGGCUGUUCCUCCUCCCCUUGUGCCCACGGAGGCCGCUGUGAAGACAAGGGCCCCGGAAGUUAUGCCUGCACGUGCCCCACAGAGCCCCUGGCUUACACCGGCCUCCGCUGCGAGCUGCUGUUCGAUGCCUGCGUGGGGCAGGUCUGCCCAGGGAAUCAGACUUGUAGCAGCUCCCCUGGGAGCCUGGAUUUCCGUUGCGACUGCCCCCCUGACUCCCUGGGCCCCGGCUGCAAUGCGAGCGAGUGUCCGCCGGGACUCAGCGGGCCUGCCUGCCAGGGUCCGUGUGCCAGCCAGCCGUGCCAGGGUGGGGGGACUUGCAUCCUGGCUGGGGACAGGCUCAUGUGCCGCUGCCCACCAGGGCUGGCCGGCCCCUUGUGUGAGGAGGAUGUGGACGAGUGUGCCUCCGCCCCCUGCCAGAAUGGGGCCAUCUGCCUGGACGGACUGGAUGGGUAUCUGUGCUACUGUGUGCCCGGCUUCCAGGGUGCCCACUGUGAGAUCGACAUCGACGAAUGCGCCUCCAGGCCCUGCCGGCACAAUGGCACCUGUCUCAAUCAAAUGGACCACUACCAGUGCCAGUGCCCAAGCGGCUAUACAGGGGCCAACUGUGAAGCUGAGAUAGACGAGUGUGAAUCAGACCCUUGUCAGAACGGGGGCUCCUGCUUUGAUGGCAUCGGCUUCUACCACUGUGCCUGUGGCCUGGGGUUCGAGGGAGACCACUGCCAGGUGGACAUUGAUGAGUGCCAGAGCCAGCCCUGUGCCCAUGGGGGCAGGUGCCAAGACCUCGUCGCCAGGUUCCGCUGUGACUGUAAUGACACCGGCUAUGAGGGGGAGCGCUGCGAAGUGGAGGUGCUGGAGUGUGCUUCUGACCCCUGCCUGCACAAUGCCACCUGCCUGGAGGGUGUGGGCCAUUACCGCUGUGUCUGCUGGCCAGGUUACGGUGGCGAGCACUGCGAGAUGGACGAGGACGAAUGUGCGGGGAAGCCCUGCCUCCACGGAGGGCUGUGCUUGGAGCGCUCCAACCAGUCAUACUAUGGGGGAGCCCUGCCUGGCUUCCCCCAGGACUUCAGCUACAACAUAGCAGCCGGCUUCGUCUGCCAGUGUCUGCCAGGGUAUGCAGGAGCUGACUGCUCUGUGGACGUGGACGAGUGCGCUUCCCAGCCGUGUGUCAACGGAGGGCACUGCCAGGAUCUGGUGGAUGGAUUCCGCUGCCAUUGCUUGCCCGGGUACAGCGGUGUGACAUGCAUGGUGGAUGUGGAUGAGUGUGAGGCUGCGCCCUGCCAGCAUGGUGCCACCUGUGAAGAUGGUAUCGCUGACUACGUGUGUCACUGCACGCCCUCCAGGGAGGGCAGCCCCAUAUGGGGUGGGAAGAACUGCUCCGUGGAGCUCACUGGCUGCCUGUAUCACUCGUGCCAGCAUGGGGCCCUGUGUGCCCCCACCUACGAGGCGGGCAUCCACAGCUACAUCUGCCACUGCCCACCGGGAUUCCAUGGCCCCACCUGCUCCAUACCCACAACUUUCUCCCUGGGGGGUGGGAGCACCGUGCCUGUGGAUGGGGCCGGAGGGGAGCUGGGCACGGCCAGCAUCUCCCUGAGGUUCCGCACCACUCUGCCAGAUGGCAUCCUCUUUGCCCGGGGAGAUGCCAUGGAGUGCCUGACACUGGAGCUGGCGGAAGGUGUGCUGCAGGCCUCCUUGCUGAGGAAUGGCUCAGUACAUACUGUCUCCCUCCGGGACCUGAUGGUCAGUAACGGGCACUGGCACCGGGUCGGAGUCCUCCUGGGGGAUACCCUGGAGCUACAGCUCUGGCACGAGGGCUGUGGCCAGGGCCCUUGCAGGGACAUCUGCUCAGUUGGGGCCUGGAUAGCACCUACCUCGCCCACCUCCCUGAGGACCUACAUCGGGGGUGUGGGGCCCGAUCCCUGGGCUGGGGGACUGCGGGCCAGGCUGGGCUUUGUGGGCUGCCUGGAGGAUGUCCAGGUAGACCUCAGGCCACUCCUGCCCCAGGAGCUGUCCAGCCUCCAACCUUCACUGCCACUGCAGCUGGGCUGUAACAGGACUGAGUGGUGCAGUGGGCAGCCCUGUGCUCAUGGGGGUCACUGCCAUGAUCUCUGGACAUCCUUCCGCUGUGACUGCCCGCGGCCGUACCAGGGGACCACGUGCUCCCAGGAGCGGCUGGCAGGCACAUUCAGCCGGGAGGGAGCCUCCAGCUUUGCCUCCUUCAGGAUUCCUACAGCCCUGGGACCCGACUUCAACCUGUCCUUCUUUCUCCGCACGCGCCAGCCCAAGGGCCUGCUGUUCCAGGCUCACGAUGGCUCAGGGCCCCGGUUCUCCGUGUUUCUGGCAAGUGGGCAGGUCCAUGUUGAGGCCCCAGCUGCCCCCCGGGUGACACUGCCGGGAUUCCUGGCUGAUGGCCUCAGGCACCUGGUGACCCUGAGCUUCCGCAACAGCUGGGUCCUGAGCGGCCUGCUGGAGCUGGGGCAACUGGAGGCUGCAGUCCCAGAGACGGACUGGGAUCUGCACGUGGGUGGACUGCCCACCCCGGCCCGAGCCGACCAGUGGGGUGGGAGCUUCAAGGGCUGCCUGCAGGACAUACAGCUCAACCAGCAACCUCUAGAAUUCUCUCCAUUGGUGGACAUGGGCAACUCAACUGUGGUCAAGGGGGCAUACCUGGCCCGGACCUCCAACCUCACCCUCGGCUGCCUUUCAGACAACACCUGUCAUCCUGACCCGUGCCAGAAUGGCGGCACCUGCACCAUCACUUGGAAUGACUUCACAUGCCGCUGCCCGGUGGGCUUCAUGGGGCGCUCAUGCAGGGAGAAGGUGUGGUGCCUGAGCAGGCCCUGCCCCCCAGCCACCACCUGUCUGGAGGUUCCAGCGGGUUACAUCUGUCUAGCAAAUGCCACGUUCCAGGGCCAAACAGUGGCAGAGUACACCAGCAACGUGUCGGCAAGCUGGCCACUGACCAGUCUCUCCUUGGGCUUCCGGACCCGUGAUGAGGAUGCGGUCCUGCUGUGGGCUUCCGGGCCUGUGGACUCCAUCCUCGUGGCCCUCCACCAUGCCACCCUGCAGGUGGCCAUCCACAGCGGCAAUGGCGUGGAAGGGGCCACGUUCCAUGGCCGGGCCCCGGUGUCGGACGGAGCUUGGCACUGGCUAGCACUGACCAUGGAGGAGCCCGCAUCUGCUGCCUCGAGGUGGCUGGUCCGGCUGGAUGGGGCCCCAAAUGCCAGCCUGGAGGGUGCUGCGGGGACCCUGGACUUCUUAAAGGAUGGAGUCACCGUGAUCCUGGCCAGGAACUUCACCGGUUGCCUGGGCCGCGUGGCCAUUGGGGGUGUGGAUCUGCCAUUUGUCCAGCCAGGACUCCGGCCUCCCCCGCAGAUCGAGCAGUUCCUCCUGGUCAAUGGUGGUGAUGGUGGCCUAGAGCUGGGCUGCCAUGGGUCCCCGGUGUGUGCCCCCUCACCCUGCCUCCACGGCGGCACAUGCCACGAUCUGUUCAACGCCUUUGGCUGCAGCUGCGUGGCUGGCUGGGUAGGCCUGCAGUGUGAGGUCGAUGUGGAUGACUGUGCAUCUGGCCCCUGUGUCCAUGGGCUCUGCGUGGACUUAGUGGGCAGCUACCAGUGCCACUGCAGCCCUGGCUUCAUUGGCAGGGACUGUGCGACCAACGUGGAUGAUUGCGUUCGGCACCGCUGCCUGCACGGGGCCACCUGCUUGGAUGGUGUCGGUGACUACUCCUGCCAGUGCCCUGCCCACUUCACUGGCCCACGCUGCGAGUGGCCCUUUCCGCCGGAGGAGUGUGGCAGGAACUUCACCUGCCUGAAUGGGGGCAGAUGCACCCAGGGCCCUUGGGGAGCCAACUGCAGCUGUCAGGCAGGAUACGCUGGACGAAGAUGUCAGAUCAAUAUUAAUGAUUGCGAUCCCAACCCUUGCCAGAACGGAGGGACCUGCCAGGAUGCCGUGAACAAGUACAAGUGCGUGUGUGGCAGCAGCUACACAGGCGAACGCUGCGACGUGGAUAAAGGAAUGCUGGGAACUUUCUUUCCGUUCCCCUUGAUAGAAGUCGCAGUCCCCGUGGCCUUUGGAGGCCUGCUGCUGCUGGUCAUCGGUCUUCUGUUUGCCGUCCUCACUGCCAGGAAGAGGCGGCAGUCAGAAGGCACCUACAGCCCGAGCCAGCAGGAGGUGGCGGGGGCCAGGCUGGAGAUGGACAGUGUGCUUAAAGUGCCACCCGAGGAGCGUCUGAUCUAAUCCUCCCCUCUGCUCCUCAGAACGGCCAACUGGAGCACCCACAAGCCACAGAGAACUGCUACUUGUUCUGCAUCCUGGUGCCAGACCGGUCAGCGUGGAUGACUCUGAGGCCAGGCUUGAUGGGACAAGGCCUGGCUGCCUAGCCGUCUGGCUGGCUACCAGGCUGGCCGGCUGAGGUUAGGGAGCAGAAGGACAGAGCAGCCACACACAGCCACAGAUCAAACACCUGGAAGCCUGCGUGCCUGCAUGCCAUCCUGCAUAGGGCCUAACUCUGAUCUCUUCCUUCUCAGAGGGCAGGGAGGCAGAUGGGCAGCCGAGGAAGAUGCUUCAUAUGGAAGUGGAUCACCUCUGCCGGGUGCUCAAUGGCUUGGCGGGUGGUGAUCUGUCCCCUCUGAGCAGCAGCUGUAGCAGCAGGUCCUGCACCCUCACCACAGAGUUGGUUUUUAAUAGCAGUGCUAGCAGCAGCAAUAGAAAAAGUGAACUCUUGAUGGUUUAAAGGGAGGGGUGCCAGUCUACCUGAGGCUGUGAGCAUCCCUUCCUCUGCCAGCUUAAGAAAACCCCCAGAAACACGGAGCAGUUGCCCAAGACAUGGCAUCCGCUCCUUAGCCACGGGUGCCGAGAGUUGUCUACUGGGCCAAGCGGGUCUCUGUCUCCCCUCAUGGCAGCACCAGUGGCUGAGAGUGGGGCCUCCUCUUCUCGGGGGUAGAGAUUGUUGUCUUCACAAGACUCAUAUGUGGCCUUCGGGACACAAGUUAAAUGCAGCUUCCCGUGGGGGGAUCCUCUGUCCUCCUGUAUAGUCCCCAUCCCCACCCCCACCAGCAUACCCUUCACCCUGGAAGAGAAGAGGGCCAGACCUGAAUCUCGCUGUCCCUCCCUGAUCCACCAGGAUGCUCAGGGGGACCCAUCUGUGCCUCAGGCGUCAUGGAGGCAGCAUCGACCACCCUUCUCUCAGUCAUCAUUUCCCUGGUAACCACAGGAAGGAGGGGAGCUGCUCAGGGGACCCACAGCCCCAAGGGCAUGAUGGGGUCCAGGUGGGGAAGGAGAAUGGGCCUAAGCUGCUCAUCUGAUCCCCUGCCUAUGGAACCAAUUAUGGAACUUGUAUUAUCCCCACUACUUACAACAGUGCUUGACACAAAGCAAGUGCUUAACAAAUGCCAUAAUAAUAAUAAACUCUGGGAUGGUGGUGGUGUGUGUGCAUGGGUCGGUGUGAAUGUGAGGGACAAUCAUGAGUUGUUGACCACUUGCCCUCUCCACCCUGCCCAGGGGGCCUUACCCAAGCCAGGAUCUGCAGGGGCUGAGUUAGGGGACAAACAGAGCAGGGAAUAUUUAAGAUGCCUGAAGCUGCUCUGUAGCUGCAAUGCAGAAGCUGACAACUCCUUGAGUCAGAGGCAGAGUGUGACCCUCCACCUCUUCCUCGCCACAUUCCCCUGCUCUUCUGCUCUUGUGGCCGCGGAAGACUUGGUCAGCCGGAAUCUCCCUUUCACCUCUCACCAUAUACUCUUUUAUAUGGACCAUUAGUGUGUCUCAGCCAGCAGCCAGGGUCAGAGCUGAAAAAUAAAGAUCAGGGAGACCCAAUUAA